UUUUCCUAGCAUCUUGUCGACACGAUGGCCGUCAGCGUCAUGAGCUCAGUCAACGGCAUGUCUAAUGGCGUAUCCGGGCUCCUCUCAAGAUUAUUCACCCGUAAACCCUCAGUGGAUCUGUCGAGGUUGGACCACGUCCAACUUCCCCCUGUCUCAGCGACACUUUCUACUGACAAGUCGGAGAUCACUAAGAACGACGAGGGCAAACUUCUCGAACCUUUCUCGUACUACCGCGAGGUUCUCUCGGGCAAGGGUCUUCGCAAGGCUCUGCUCCAGGCUUUCAACUACCACUUGAACCUGCCUCAGACGUGGGUCGAUGGCAUUGUCGCUAUCAUCGAGGACCUGCACAAUUCGUCACUACUAAUCGACGACAUCGAGGAUGAGUCGCCGCUCCGCCGCGGCUCCCCGACCGCGCACAUCAAGUUCGGCGUGGCACCAACAAUCAACUCCGCCAAUUACGUCUACUUCUUGGUGAUGGAAAAAAUAACCACUCUCGCUCGCGCGCACGCCAGCGGCACGGACUUCGACACGGCCACUGCUCGCAUGGUCAGCGCGUACGUUGAGGAGAUGCUCGAGCUGCACCGCGGCCAAGGGAUGGAGAUCUGGUGGCGGACGAACCGGGUCUGCCCCACGGUCGACGAGUACCUCGUGAUGAUCGAGCGAAAGACGGCGGGUUUGCUCCGUUUGGGCGUUCGGUUGCUGCAAUGCCACCCGGACGCGAAGACUGACCUCCCGCUCGCGUCGAUAUCGGAGCAGAUUGGCGUGUUCUACCAGCUCCGGGACGACUACAUCAACCUAGCGUCUACCAGCUACAGCACCCAGAAGGGUUUCGCUGAGGAUAUCAGCGAGGGAAAGUACUCCUUCCCCAUGAUCCACUCUUUGAUGGUCGCGCCCGAUAGCGGUCUUAAAGAAAUCCUUGACAAGAGGCCGGAGGACAUCCCCGAGAAGCAGCGCGCGAUCGAAAUUAUGCGCCGGACGCACUCGUUUGAGGCCAGCGUGCAGUGCCUUCAGGAGGUCGCCGACCGCCUAAAGGCGCAAAUCAAGGCUCUCGGCGGCAGCCCGGGCCUUGAAGCCUUCAUGAACCAGCUCGGUGUCGACAAGAUCGACGCGGGGCCAUGAUCCGUCUCGUCAACAAUUGGACUUCAUACCUCACGGGCGUAUCCGGUGACCUUGUAUCUAUGUACCAGUAUAUUUGAGUCCAGUUAGAUGUCAUCAAUCCAUGUAGUGCAACAGUUGCUUCACAAUCAAUCAUAGCAUUAUCCCA